AUGUUUUCGGUCGAGGAUCUGAAUUGUUUCCCCCGAGGCUGGGGCGUCACUCCCCCCCGCGCAGCGCCGGUGACAUCCGUCGACGCCGCGGGGGAAACGAGAAGAUUCGCGCGCGCCGGGGGCUCGCGACGCGCGCGUCCCCAAACCCCCGGCGCGAUGGGCUUCUUCGACGCGGCGCGGCGCGGAGACGACGGCCGCAGCCGCAGAGUGCCCACUUCAAAACUCGGCACGUCGUUCCCGCUGCUCGACCUCCCCGACGCCGCGCUCGCGGUCGUCCUGAAGCACCUCGCCGCGGGCCCCGACGGCGUGUGCGACAUCGCGCGGUUCUGUCUCGUCUCCAAACCCGCGCGAGAGCUCGGUCUCGACACCAUGCGCCGGCGGAUGAGAAGUUUAGAUCUGACGCCUCUCGGUCGACGCGCGAGAAACGCCGUCCCGCACCUCGCGGCGACGUGCGCGAACCUGCGUACGAUCACCUGCGACGGCACGAACGUCACGGACGCGUGCGUUACCGCGCUCCUCGCGUGCUCCGAGCGCACGCUGACGCGGUUGAGCCUCGCGGACUGUCGUCAUCUCCGUUUACUUCACGAGCACUCGCACGGCGCCGGCGCGAGGGGUUUACGCGAGCUCGUGCUGCGCGGGUCGUCCUGGUCGCUGUCCGCGCUCGCGGGGAUAUUACGUCGGUCGAGAAAGACGCUGACGUCGCUGAACCUCAGCGGCACGAGGCUCGCGCUGACCGCGGGCGAUAACGACCUGAGGGUGAUCGCCGCGCGCGUCCUGAGAUGUCGCGCGCUCGAGCGGUUGAGCCUCGGCAGCCACGUCGACGUCCUCCCCGCCGCGUUGGCGACGGUGAUAUUCGCGCUGCUCGACGGCGACGAGAGGAUCGACGACGACGACGACGUGGACGUGGACGUGGACGUGGACGUGGACGCGAGCUCGACGACGCCGACGACGACGCCGGACGACGUCGACGACGCGUUCGGUUUGGACAACUUGAAAGAGCUCUCCCUCGCGCAAAACGGCGCCGCGGACGAGAAGAUGCUCGAGAUCAUCGCGCGACGGUGCCCGAGCCUGACGAAACUCGAUCUUCGCGGGUGCACGGCGUCGCGCGACGCGGUGUGCGCGUUCGUUCGGAACGCCGCGUGCGCGUCGAGUUUGACGUCUCUGCUCCUCGGCGGCGCCGCGGACUCGCUCGACGACGCGUCCCUCGAAGCCGUCGCGUCGUCGUGCCCGUCGCUCGAGGAGCUCGACCUCGGGAUGCACCACGCGGUCGGCAUCGCGGGGAUGGAAUCGCUCAGAGUCGGGUGCGUUGGGUUGAGACGGCUGCGGAUAUCCAGGAACGCGAGGGUGACGACGCAGUCGCUCGCGUCGCUCGUGAAGACAGAGGGGAGCAAGUUGGAGCUCCUCAGCGCGGUGCGGUGCCGCCGCGCGGGCGAGCCGGGGCUUCGUUCGUUACAACGAGAGCUCGAAGUCGCGGUGGGGGCGGGGGCGGGGUGUCGGAUCGAUUGGGUCGGAGAGUAUUCGUUCGAGCGCGACGACGACUCGUAG